AUGCAACAGAAGGCUUUUGAGGAAAGCAGAUACCCCUGGCAGGAGUCCUUUGAGAAUGUUGCUGUGUGCCUGCCAUUCCGCUGUCCGAGGUGUGGAGACCAUACCAGAUUUAGAAGCCUGUCUUCGCUGAGGGCCCAUCUGGAAUUCAGUCACAGCUACCAGGAAAGAACCCUCUUGACAAAAUGCAGCCUCUUUCCAUCCCUCAAAGACACAGACCUAGUCACUUCCGCAGAACCCCUGAAACAGGGAAAAUUGCAGAGCACUGGCAACGUGGUGAAGCAGAAACCGAGCUAUGUUAACUUGUAUAGCAUUUCACACGAACACUCCAAGGACAGGAAGCCAUUCGAGGUGGUGGCAGAGCGGCCAGUGUCCUACGUGCAGACCUACACCACGGUGGACCUGCAUGCGGACUCACUGGAGGGGCCACGGGCCAGUCCCGGCCUGCCCACCUCGGACACCAAGGCUGCUUUCGAGGCUCACGUCAGAGAAAAAUUCAACCGGAUGGUCGAGGCCGUGGACAGGACCAUCGAGAAGAGAAUCGAUAAACUCACCAAAGAGUUGGCCCAGAAAACUGCCGAACUGCUGGAAGUUCGGGCAGCCUUUGUGCAGCUGACGCAGAAAAAGCAGGAGGUGCAGAGGCGGGAGCGGGCCCUGAACCGACAGGUGGAUGUGGCCGUGGAGAUGAUUGCAGCGCUUAGGCAGCGCCUGACCGAGUCUGAGGAGGAGCUGCUCAGGAAGGAAGAAGAAGUUGUUACAUUCAACCAUUUCCUGGAAGCAGCAGCUGAGAAGGAGGUUCAAGGGAAAGCUCGGCUCCAGGACUUUAUUGAGAAUCUGCUGCAACGGGUAGAAGUGGCAGAAAAGCAGUUAGAGUACUACCAAAGCCAGCAGGCCGCUGGCCUCUGCCGGGACAUCGGUGAGCACAUGCUUACAGAUAUCUCCUCAAAUAGGAAACCCAAAUGCCUAAGUCGAGGGCACCCACAUUCUGUGUGUAACCACGCUGAUCUCAAGAUCCAUUUUCAUCCAAAGGGAAGGAGCUACCUGAAAAAAGCCAAGGAUGACAGAGCCAGCAUGCAGCCCGCUAAGUCCAUUCACGAACAGGCUGAGUCCCCACGAGAACUCUGCAGACCAUCGAAGAAAGGGGAGCCUCUGGGGUUUUGCCGAAAAGGCAACAUCAGGCCCAAGGUGGCCAAAAAAAAGCCCACAGCAAUUGUGAACAUCAUCUGA